UCCUGCUGCACAUCUCUUCUUUAUUCUACAUUAGAUUUGUAUAAAGAUAAUCAAGCUAUGGAGAAAGUUUGCAUGGGUACGUUGGCCGCCAUAGUAGCGAUUUUCCUGAUUCUCAUGGGAAUUAUAUUUCAGCAAAGGGCCGUUAAAUUGGCCACUACUUGGUAUGAUACCUUGGGUAGUGUGGCAUUUAUCUAAUAUUUAUGAGCAGGGAGUGAAAGUGGCACUUGAGAAUAAUGGGACUUUCCUAGUUAGAGGCUCCUGGUUUUGUGGAAGCAAUCUGUUCGAAGUAGUCGCAUCUAGUCCCGCUAAUUUAGAGUACAUUCUCAAGUUUGAUUUAAGCAACUUCCCUAAAGGCCCUUCAAAGAAGUAUUUUUCUGACAUAUUUGGCUAUGGUUUAAUUAACUCAGAUGAUGAACUGUGGAAGCGUCAGCAAAAGCCCACGGUAAUGGCAGUAAGCAGCAGAAAAUUCAGAGACAGGUAUUUAAGCCUCGUGCAGAAAUCUCUGCUGCAGAAACUUUUGCCACUUCUUGAAGAAGUAAAAGAGGAAAAUGCCUCGGUUGAUCUGCAACAUGUACUCCUUCAGUUGACUAUGGAUAUUAUCUUGAUGGUUAUCUUUGGGAGGGAGGCAGGAAGUGAAACUUUUGCUUCGGCGCCGUUUGAUGAAGCAACUGAAUGCUGCAUUUAUCGUUUGCUCUGCCCUUCAUUUAUAUGGAAGGUUAUGAGAUUUCUCAACGUGGGCUUUGAGAAGAAGUUGAGAGCAGCUAGAGCAAUAGUAGAAGACUGUGUAGCAGAGAUGGUGAAGGUUAAAGUGAAGGAGGUGGAGGAAGAGAAUGAAUUGCAGGGUGACAUAUUAUCGACCUUCAUGAGAUUGGAAAGAGAACAAAGAUGCCCUCCUUCUCAACAUCUGUUGCAGGGAUUAACCACAAGCAUAUUCCUUCCGGGUAAAGAUACUACUGCCUUGGCUAUGUCAUGGUUCUUUUGGCUUAUAAGCAUGCAUCCAUAUGUGGAGGAAAAAAUGGUCUCUGAACUCUCUCAUAUUUGGAAUUUUGAGCAUUUGAGCAAUGGAUAUGAUAUUGUGGGUGCUUUUGGCUGGGAAGCAUUGAGAGGCAUGAACUAUUUGCAGGCUGCUUUGUCUGAAUAUAUGACGCUUUACCCUCCACCUCCUUUGAUUUACAAAGAAGCAGCAAUUGACAAUGUUCUACCAGAUGGAACUCAUGUUAUGAAAGGCUCAAAGCUUCUGUUAUUUAUUUAUGGCACUAAUAGAAUGGAAAGUCUAUGGGGAAAAGAUGCCCUUGAGUUCAAGCCUGAGAGAUGGAUUACAGAAAAGGGGAUCUGUAUGAAUGAGAACGAUUACAAAUAUCCUGUGUUUAGUGCAGGUCCAAGGAUAUGUAUUGGGAAAGAUGUUGCCUAUGUGAGUAUGAAAUACAUAGUUGACAAUAUCCUUGUACGCUAUCGAGUAAAAGUUGAAGCUGGUCAUCAAGUGAAGCCUAAGCUUGGGCUAACUCUACCCAUGAAGCAUGGCCUCAAAGUCACCUUGCAAGCCAGGAAUGAUAUUAUAGCAUAAAAUAGCGUUAACAGAUAUAUCUGCAUAGAUCAUAGAUAUAUUUCAAUAAUCUAGCAUUUGGUUAGUCACUAUAUUUAGUGACAAUGUAAUAAUCGAUAAAAUCUGUGAACCUUAUUGUUGACUUAUGCUUAAAAUGUACUAUAUAGCAACUUUAAGAAUAAAAUAUAUAUUCAUAUUGUUAA